GCCCUUUUUACUGUUUUUGCCAUCUUCGCAAAAUCGCAAAUUCGCAAAUUCGUUCGGUGGCGGUGUUGCUUACAACAGCCUACCGUACUGGACCCACCUUCUCCUCGUCCCAAGGCAACUUUACCCGACCCGCCAAGCCAUCAACCUUCACCAUCUUGCAAUCUCUAUUCUUCCACUUCUACUCAACCAAACAAACAACCAUGUCCUUCGCAAGAGGCGAACGCGUCUACUUUGACUUCGACUCCGGCGCUGUCCAACCUGCCUCCCCAAACGACCAAGACCAACAACACCCAGUAGCCCAAAAUCAGCAGGAAUCGUCGCCUCCCGUGUCGGCCGCUUUCGUAGCCGACAUCCUAGAGCGCGAUUCCUCAGCACAGACGCCACCAGCAGCACCCACCUUCAGGAAGAACAACACCACCGGAUUCCCGGCGCAUAGGAAGCGCGAGAAGAGAGUAUCGGCGUUCAAGCAGCAGAGGACGGGCAAAAAUGACGUUUCUUUCACUAGUACUAGCGGGGAGAAGCCGAAUGUGGCGCAGUCGACCAGUAUCAGAAGUGGCGUAAUGGGAAAUGGUUCGAGGAAUGAAGAGGAGCAAGGGACGACGGAGCAGCAAAGCAUCGAUGAAGAGAAUAGGCAGCGCUUGGCGCACAUGUCGCCCGAGGAGAUUGAGCAGGAGAGGAGGGAGUUGAUGAGUGCGUUGAGUCCGAGUCUGAUUGAAAAGCUAUUGAAAAGGGGCAACAUUGACGAGGGGAGGAACGAGCGAGACUGGGAAAAGGAAGCAAACCAGGGAUCACCACCUGCAUCGAGAUUCGAAACCGAGGUGCCAGAAAGGGACAAGCCGACCAGUACAAAGAAAGUCACCUUCUCCGAACCUGAGAACUCCAUCGAAGCAGAACAGACACCUCUACCCCCUUCCCUUCAGCCAUCAUCAUCUCCUCCACCUCUCCAGCAAAAUGAACCCUCACCCCCAUCCAAGACCAACACCGCACAAGACCACCCAGACCUCCCCCCACCCUCCUCAAUCCACUUCCCCACCCCAACCCAACCCCCAGACCUCGACCCCUCCUCCCCAACCUUCCUCCAAGACCUCCACCAAAAGUACUUCCCCCACCUCCCCUACUCGCCCUCGUCCCUCUCCUGGAUGACCCCCGUCUCGCCCACCGACACCUCCUCCCCCUACCACCCUAGCCACACCUCCCUCUCCCCCGCCGACCUCCGCUUCGACUUCAAAGGCCGCCUCCUGCCCCCCAGCGUCGCGAGGGAGCUGCCCACAACCCUGGGCUUGCAUCACCAUGCCGACGCCCCCGAGGCCGCUGGCUACACCAUCCCCGAACUCGCCAGGCUCGCGAGAAGUAGCGUCCCGAGCCAGAGGUGCGUGGCGUACCAGACACUAGGGCGCGUGCUGUAUCGAUUAGGGGUUGGGGAAUUCGGGCGUGAGAGGGGCGAGGCGAAGACGGAUGGGCCGGUGCAGCUGGCCAAGAACCCAUCAACAAAGGCGCAGGACGAUGAAGAAGGUAAUGAAGAGGAAGAGGAGGACGAAGAGGUGGCAAAUGAUCCCGAAGAAGCUGCCAGCGCCAUGGCGACCGGGCUCUGGAAUCUCAUCGACGAGUGCAAGGUCAUUGAGAGCUUGACCGAGGAGGCUGCCAAGGAGAGGGGCCACUUGACUGCUCGGACAUACGCGCAGGAGGCGUUGUGGAAUUGGAGGAGGGGAGGCGGCAGAAGGAGGAGGGCUGUUUAAGCACAGCAUAAUGAAAAAAAGCGAGCAUCCGAUUGCGAAGGUCAUGCAUGGAAUAGACAGUCUCAUGAUUCAUAGCUAUUGUGGUAUCGUACUGAUAGGACAAU